ACCUCUUUGCUUAAUCUUCUCUACUGCUUCGGUUUUCAAUUCUGAUUUAUAGUUUUGUACUUGGUCUAAUUUGUAUAGGAAGCUAGGAAAGUGUGACUGUGUGAUUAUAUAUAUAUAUAUAUGUAUGUAUAUGGUGUGGAUGAGAAGGGGAGUUGUUGUUGUUGAUGGGUAAAGGCAGACCUAGGGCUGUGGAGAAGGGGGUGGUGGGGCCCAAUUUGAGCUCUGCUUCGUCUUCUUCGUUGAACAUACCGUCUGCACCUGUGUUUUAUCCUAGUGAGGAUGAGUUUAGGGACCCUUUGGAGUAUAUAUAUAAGAUCAGGGCUGAGGCCGAGCCCUAUGGGAUUUGUAGGAUAGUUCCACCGGAGAGCUGGAAGCCUCCAUUUGCUCUGGACUUGGAUUCGUUUACUUUUCAAACCAAGACGCAGGCGAUCCAUCAGUUGCAGGUGAGGCCUGCUUCGUGUGAUUCGACGACUUUUGAGUUGGAGUAUAAUAGGUUUUUGGAGGAUCAAGGUGGGAAGAGGCUGAGGAGGAAGGUGGUUUUUGAGGGGGAGGAGUUGGAUUUGUGUAAGCUGUUUAAUGCGGUGAAGAGGUAUGGGGGGUUUGAUAAGGUUGUGAAGGAAAAGAAGUGGGGUGAGGUUGUGAAGUUUGUGAGGCCGGUUAGGAAGGUGUCUGAGUGUUCGAAGCAUGUGUUGCACCAGUUGUAUUUGGAGCAUUUGAUUGAGUACGAGGAGUAUUAUAAUAAGCUGAAUAAUGAGGGGACAAGGUGUUGUAAGAGAGGUUUGCCGGAGGAGAAGAAGAGUGAACAAAUUGCUGAGUGUUCUAGCUCCAAAAGGAGGCGAAUGAAUAAUAAUGAUGGUGAAAAGGCUAAGGCUCGUAAGGUAAAGAAGGAAGAGGAGGAGCAUGAUCAGAUUUGUGAGCAGUGCAGAAGUGGGCUGCACGGGGAAGUAAUGCUUUUAUGUGAUAGGUGCGAUAAGGGGUGGCACAUUUACUGUCUCUCUCCACCUUUGAAACAGAUCCCAUCGGGGAAUUGGUAUUGCUUUGAUUGCUUGAAUUCUGAUGAAGAUUGUUUUGGUUUUGUGCCUGGAAAGCGUUUCUCACUGGAAGCUUUUAGGCGUGUGGCUGAUCGGGCCAAGAAGAAAUGGUUCGGGUCAGGCCCUGCAUCUCGUGUGCAAAUAGAGAAAAAGUUCUGGGAAAUUGUAGAGGGUUCCAUCGGUGAGGUUGAAGUUAUGUAUGGCAGCGACCUGGAUACUUCCAUUUAUGGGAGUGGUUUUCCACGGGUAAAUGACCAGAGACAAGAGUUGGUUGAUGCCAAGUUAUGGGAUGAAUAUUGCGGUAGUCCAUGGAAUCUCAAUAACUUGCCCAAGUUGAAAGGAUCAGUUCUCAGAGCUAUUCACAAUAAUAUUACCGGUGUUAUGGUGCCUUGGCUCUAUAUGGGGAUGUUGUUUUCAUCUUUUUGCUGGCAUUUUGAAGAUCAUUGUUUUUAUUCAAUGAAUUAUCAUCACUGGGGAGAGCCCAAAUGCUGGUAUAGUGUCCCUGGUAGUGAAGCCAGUGCUUUUGAGAAGGUGAUGCGUAACAGUCUUCCUGAUCUUUUUGAUGCACAGCCUGAUUUGCUCUUUCAGCUUGUCACCAUGUUAAAUCCCUCUGUUUUGCAAGAGAAUGGAGUUCCUGUAUACACUGUCCUACAGGAGCCUGGAAAUUUUGUCAUCACCUUCCCCAGGUCUUACCAUGGAGGUUUUAAUCUUGGUUUGAACUGUGCAGAGGCCGUUAAUUUUGCCCCUGCCGAUUGGCUACCUCAUGGUGGGUUUGGAGCAGGGCUAUAUCAGCUUUAUCACAAAACUGCCGUUCUAUCUCACGAGGAGCUUGUUUGUGUGCUAGCCAAGAGUAACUGUGACAGCAGAGUAUCACCUUAUGUGAAGAAAGAAUUAGUAAGGAUAUAUAAGAAGGAGAAAACCUGGAGAGAGCGCCUUUGGAGAAAAGGAAUCAUCAAAUCAUCUCUAAUGUCGUCUCGGAAAUUUCCUGAAUAUGUUGGUACUGAGGAGGAUCCUAUGUGCAUUAUAUGCCAGCAAUAUCUCUACCUCUCCGGUGUUGUUUGUCGUUGUCGGCCAUCCACAUUUGUGUGUCUGGAGCACUCGGAACGUCUUUGUGAGUGCAAAUCUGGCAGGCUCCGUCUUCAUUAUCGCCAUACACUUGCAGAAUUGCACGAUUUGGUGCUUGGAGUGGAUAAACAUUAUUCUGAGGAGACAACAAAAACCAGAACAAAAAAAAGACAACUCCAGUGCUCCAAUGAACCUACUGCUUUAACAAAAAAGGUCAAAGGUGGUCACGCUAGUUUUGCCCAACUUGCGGACCAAUGGCUUUUGCGCGCGUGCAGGACUUUCCAGGGUCCGUAUUCCAGAGAAGACUAUGUUACUGUAUUGAAAGAAGCUGAACAAUUUGUUUGGGCUGGUUCAGAGAUGAAAAAUGUUCGGGAAAUGGCGAAUAAUUUGAAAGAAGCUCGGAAAUGGGCAGAGGAUGUGAGAAAGUCGGUAUCUAAAAUUGAAAGCUGGUCCUCUAAUCGGGACAAGGACCUAGAGAAGAUUCAUGUGGAAUAUAUCAAUGAGCUGCUGAGCUUUGAUUCGUUGCCCUGUGAUGAGCCUGGGCAUCUGACUUUGAAGGAUUAUGCUGAAAAGGCAAGGAUGUUGAUAGGAGAAAUUAAUACUGCUGUGUCUUCAUGCUCAAAAGUCCCCAAGUUGGAUUUGUUGUACAACAGAGUUUGUGAGUUCCCUGUUUAUGUAAAGGAAAGCGAAAGGUUACAACAAAAAAUUUCAUCUGCAAAGUUUUGGAUAGCAGGCAUAACAAAUUGCAUCUCAGAGAAACAGCCCGCUGCAAUUAAGCUGGAUUUUCUCUACAAAUUAAAAUUGGAGAUUCCAGAAGUUGAAGUUCAACUCUCACAGAUAGAAAUGCUUUCUGAUCUAGUAGAGAAAGCUGAAUCAUGUCGAGCUCAUUGUGUUGAAAUUUUGAAAGGUCCUAUUACCCUCAAGGAUGUUGAGGCGCUUCUUCUAGAAUGGGAUACUUUUAUUGUCGAGAUACCGGAGUUGAAGCUUUUGAGACAAUACCACACUGAUGCUGUUUCUUGGAAUGCUCGUUUUAAAGCAGUUCUUAUAAAAGUUCAUGAAAGAGAGGACCAACAAAUUGUAGUUGAUGAGUUGGAGCACAUUCGAAAGGAUGGGCAAAUUUUGAGGAUCCAAGUUGAUCAGAUGCCUUUGGUUGAGUUUGAGUUGAAAAAGGCUCGGUGCAGGGAAAAGGCUUUGAGGAUGCGAGAAACUAAAGUGUCUCUGGACUUCAUACAAGAAGUGGUGGUGGAUGCAGAAGGUUUACAUAUUGAGGGAGAACAAAUAUAUGUUGAUAUGUCCAAAGUACUUGAUGCUGCCAUCCAAUGGGAUGAAAGAGGAAAGUAUAUUCUUGCACAUGGUGCUCACAUAUCUGACUUUGAGGAUGUUAUUAGGAGUUCGGAAAACAUACAUGUGACUUUACCUUCUCUCCUUCACGUCAAGGAGGCACUAUCAAAAGCUGUGGCCUGGUUGAGUAAAUCUGAACCAUUUCUUCUGCAUUGUUCUCUGGAAUCUGCCUCAAGUUCAUUGCUGAAAGUUGACACCUUGAAGGAGUUGAUUUCUGAGUCGAAUAAUCUUAAAGUAUCUAUGAAAGAAAUAAAGAUACUUGAAACUGUUUUGAUGAACUGUGAGGAAUGGGAGAAUGAUGUUUGCUCUCUACUGCAAGACACAAGGUGUCUAUUGGAUAUGACGGUCAUUAGUGAGGGGAUAAGCGAGGGACUUAUUUCCAAGAUUGAACAUGUACUUGCAAGGAUAGGAUCUUUGGAAAACACCGGUUUAUCUCUUACUUUUGACUUUGUGGAGCAUGCACAACUCAAGGACGCUUGUUCUAUGCUGCAAUGGUGUAAGAAGGCUAUCUCUUUCUGCUCUGCUGCUCCUACUCUGGAGGAUGUUGAGAGUUUGAUGAGUGAUGCAUCAUGUUGUACAAAUGCCUCGGGUGCACUCUUUGAUACAUUGUUUGAAGGAGUGAAAUGGCUUAAGAAAGCUACAGAGAUUAUUUCUGCAUCUAGCAAUUCUACAAGAUGCAAGUUUAGUGAAGCCGAAGAAGUUCUUGCUGAUUCUCAGAGUAGGAGUUUGUCCUUCCCUCUGACAGUUACUCAAAUUGAAAGUGCCAUUGAGAAACACAAGUCUUGGCUUGAGCAAGUGCAUCAAUUUUUCAGCCUAAGGCUGGGGGAACGAUCCUGGUCUCUUAUGCUACAGCUAAAGGAGUUUGGGAUAGCUGGAGCUUUCAAUUGCCCAGAACUAGAUUCAAUAUUAUCUGAAGUUGAAAGGGUUCAGAGGUGGAAGAGACACUGCAUGGAUAUAUUCAGAUUCGGGGAGAAGAAUUCACUGCUCGGUGCUUUAGAAAAGUUACGGCAGACUCUGGAUAGUUCUAUGCAUAUAUAUGACGACGCAAAUAGUUUGAAAAAUAAAGGUUCUUAUGCGUGCUGCUCCGCGGGUUCUCUGGAUCAGGAGUUUGUUACCUGUUCUUCCUGCAAGAAAUGCUACCAUUUGCGGUGCUUAGGAUCUUGGACAGUAGGGGGGAAACACUCAGAGUAUGUGUGCUUGUGUUGCCAGUAUUUAGUAUCUGCAACUUUGCAAAAUGAAGGAAGUCCUCAGGGUUUUGGAGUAGUCCGUCCAGCAAUGCAAAAGAUUAUUGAACUUCUGUCUGAAGAGAAUUUCUGUGUUUGUAUUGAAGAAAGAGAGAUAUUGAAAGACAUUUUAAAGCAAGCUCGGGUAUGCAAGGCACACUUGGAAGCAAUAGUAGAUUUUGCGUUAGCUUAUGUGGACAAAGAUCUAAGUGUCAUCUUUGAAAAACUAGCCACUGCUCUAAAGGCCAUAGAAUUACAAGGUUUUUAUGAUGAUGAGGGUUACUGCAACCUUACAUUGGCAUUGUCAAGAUACUCGUGGAAAGUCAGAGUCGAUGGAUUACUGGAGGGUUCAAAAAAGCCCACAAUCCAACAGAUUCAACAGCAUUUAAAAGAGAGAGUGGCUGUGAACAUUUCACCUGCGGAUUACUAUAAGCAAAAACUUACAGAACUGAAGUGUAGUGGCUUGCAGUGGGCAGAUAAGGCUAAGAAGGUUGCGGCUGAUGCUGGGGCUCUACCCCUGGACAAAGUUUUUGAACUUAUUUCAGAGGGUGAAAACUUACCUGUUCUUGUAGAGAAGGAACUUAAGCUAUUGAAAGAACGGAGUAUGCUUUAUUGCAUAUGCAGAAAGCCUUACGAUCAGAGAGCAAUGAUUGCAUGUGACAAAUGUGAUGAGUGGUAUCACUUUGGUUGUAUGAAAUUACAUUCCACACCGAAGGUUUACAUUUGUCCUGCAUGUGAGCCUCAAGAGAAAACGUUGUCUACGUCAGCAGUUGUUGAUUAUGAGAGAUGUACUGAUGCGAAAUGUGUAGAACCAAAAACGCCCUCUCCCAAGCACACAAAGUCCAAGAUGAGCCCAAACCAGGAAGGGGUUAUUGCAACACAAACGAAGGUUGCAAGUACAGAUGACACCAACAUUUUUAGGUGUUCUGGUGGGAUAGACCGUUUAUGGUGGCGAAAUCGGAAACCAUUCAGAAGGGCCGCUAAAAAGCGGGCCGAGCUUGAUUGUCAAUCUCUGGUUUCUCAUUUGCAACAAUGAGUACAUGGAAAUCAAUUGUUUAGCCUUAAUUCAAUUAAUUCAUUGAUUUUAAUUCCUUUUAGCCCAGUUAGAUAGUCCCUAAUUGCGUACUCAAUAAGUAGGUAAACAAAAUCAUUUCAAAGUUGCUUGCUCGUGCUUGGCCGCUUGUCGGAUUUUGAUAGUACGACAGCAACUGCAAUGAGGUUGGAUUAGCAAUUGAGAUUUUUUACUCCUACCCUGAGUCAGGGUGGAUAACUGCUUCAAUGUCGUUUCAGCCGAACAUUUGAUUGAACAAUUCUUAUGUAAAAUUCAAUUCAUCUGCAUAACUUGUAUCAGCAA